GUCAGCUCCUCUGCUUCUCUUUCCGUACUUUUCUUCCUUUCUUCUUCAGCUCCAAUAACCCUAAAAUCUAAAAGCCUCCACCGCUGGCAUUUGAGAUUCACCGAUCGUCGCUUAAUCAAGGUUGCCGUUAGUCACUUGUCCUUCAAUCUCUAGCCUCCACUGCCGCAACACCACCAGUUUCUUCAGAUUUCAAGGUUCAAUCAAGUAAUUAACACGCUGGUGAACCGAAGCUAAAUCUGUUCCAGCCUUGAAAUUGGAAGAUCAAUACAUCACUGAUUUCAAGGAGUUAGGAAAAGCAUUGCCUUUAGCAGAAGUACAACAGGAGGAUUUGCUUGACAGUUCUAUUCAAAAUGUGAAGAAUGCGGUACUUUUGACCCUGUUGUCUGACCAUUUACAAGAUCCCAAUCGCAUUCCUUGGCUCAGUGAUUUCAACGCACUGCUGCAAGAGCUGGAACUGCCCCAACCAGUUUCAGUAGAUAAUCUCAAUGAGAAAAGGCCUGUCGUGCUCUCCGAUGCAGAGGCAGCAUUUAAGACUUUAGCAUGGAGGCUUUCAGAUUCAGCUUUUUUGCUCCUAGAACAGGCAAGGAACGCGUCAGUUUAUGAUGCAAAAUUGGUUGGAUGUAUUUCAAUCAUACGCAGAAUUUUGGUUGGAUCUCCAUUGCAUCAGAUAUUUCUCAAGUACUCCAACAUUAUUGGACAUGUAGAGAGAUUUUGUUCCUUUUUCGUUGAUGAAGUGGAUUUUUCACAUAUGAUAUCAGAAUCAGCACUUUAUGAGAGUAUUGAGACCAAUGGGGUAUUUAUUGGAGGAGGUCAAUAUGGAAAAAUUUAUGUGCACACUGUAGAGGAUGGGGAUCCUACAGGGCUACCGCCAGGAAGCUAUGCUUUCAAGAUACAGCGUCAGGGCUAUUAUCAAUAUGUAAAGGCGGAGAUACAAUUUAGAUCAGAAUACAGACUUCUCUAUGCGGAUACAUUGCUCAAAUUGGUGGGCUUUGGACUCGAUGAUGCUUGCAGAAGAGCAUGCUUGGUCAUGGAGUAUAUCAGUGGUGGUCAACUGAAACACAAGUUACAUGAUUUGGAAUUACAGUCAAUCGUGAAAGUUUUGCAUGAUAUAGCCUAUGGACUACAUUUGGUCCAUUCACACUUUCCCGAUCCCAUUAUUCAUGGUGACCUCAAGCCAGAGAAUGUCUUAUUAAAAGGUGAUAAGGCUUUGCUGUGCGACUUUGGCACGGUCACUUCUGUUGGUGAACGUCGUCGUCGAUCUGAUCCUGUCUACGAUGGUCAAUGCUGGGGGUUCGUCAAUUGCACAAAGACUGAGGUCUACUUCAUUGGGGUUUUGUUAUUUGAAAUGAUCACCAAUGUCUCAGUUAAAUAUGACGAGAAUGAUUCCCUUAUAGAAAGAGUUAUGAGGCUGAUCUCCAUGAUUCCCCUGAAGAGUGUGAAGAUCAAGUUCAAAAAAGACUAUUGCAGCCUGGAUAUGAUAGACAGUUACUAG